GUGAGUUACGCGACUCUCAAAGUCUGCUCGACUGCAGCCUUUAAAAUAAUAAUUAAAAAAAUACUUUGUAUAAACAAGCAAACGGGCAGAUAGGGGUGAGGGACGGCCGCCUACUACUGGCACCGAAAGCUAAAUCGAGGGGUUUUCGCUUCGCUCUCGGUCUCCACACACAAACACGGAGUAGCUUUUCCUAACUCGGGUCUUGCUGGGUGUGAAACAUUUCAAGGCGCGGGAUUCAGCCCUGGAUUUGGGCUGUGUGGCGAAUUGUAAGGCGAUGGUGGGACUUUGCGCUUCAACUUUUAUGGGGUGGUUUUUUGGGGGGGUGGGUUAAAUUAAAAUUUUCCCGCCUCUGCCAGCGCUGCUGCGUCCGCUUCUCAACCCUCCUCUUCCACCCUCACCCCCCACGGUUGUUUUCCCCUCAGAGGAAAAAUACGAAACGUCACAGUUAUGGGUGACAAUAAUGAUGAUAAUAAAGGAGUCCAAGCUGUCAUACGCUGACUUAAUCCCUCUCAGAGACGCAUUGUGGGGAUAACAGGCUGUGUUCCUGGCCUUGGUUGGAUAAUAGAAGAAUGAAUAAAUAUGCACAGAAGAUGUUUAAAAUCUAAGAUGUUUGAUCGGCAAUAAGGUUGCAUUAUAUCCUGUGAAAACAUUGGGCAUUUUCCAAAGAUGCUAGCUCCCUUCUUCAGCUGCCCAAUGAGAACAUUUACUGUUCCAUUGCACUGUACCCAUGAAGUUAAAAUGUUGGUGUGUCUUGAAGAAUUAAGUGUUUAGCCUGAGUAUGGCUUUUGGAAAGAAAAUGUCCCUUUCUCGAGUAGAAAAUCCCUGCUUUCUGCUUUUUUUGAUAAUCUUUCAAGCAAUAUUCAUCUUGAUCCUGUAUCGAGGCAGCAAUUCAACUGUAUAUCGGACUUCUUUUCCGCUACCUCCCCCAUUGGACUAUUCACAAACAGAGGAUGUCUAUACAAAUCUCAGUUUGUUCACUCGUGCUCCUGAUAAGGCAAAUAUGCGGUACUGCACUGAUUCAUCAAUAUUAGUUGGACCCUUAUCCGUCACAUUUGACACACUACCCAGUGAAGAAACGAUCAUCAGCAAAAACCCGUAUGUCCAGUCAGGCGGUCGCUACAGCCCUCCCCAUUGUGAGGCUCGCUACAAAACUGCUGUCAUUGUGCCACACAAGAAUCAUGAGAAACACUUGCAGCAUUUCCUCUAUUAUCUCCAUCCUUUCCUUCAGCGUCAGCAGAUUAACUACUGUAUCUACUUGAUUCAUCAGGCUGGAAGUGGCCCAUUUAACCGAGCAAAGCUUCUUAACAUUGGAGUCCGCGAGGCCAUGAAAGACGAUGACUGGGACUGCCUGCUUCUGCAUGAUGUGGACCUCAUUCCAGAGAAUGAUUAUAAUGUUUAUGUCUGUGAUGAAUAUUUCCCCAAACACCUUUCCACUGCUAUUGACAAGUUAUACUACAGUUUCCCAUAUUGGUCCUUUUUUGGUGGUGUAAUUGCUUUGACCCCAGAACAUUACAUGAAGAUAAAUGGGUUUCCAAAUACCUUCUGGGACAAAGAUGGUGAAGAUGAUGACAUUGCUGAAAGGAUUGCUAUAGCAGGAAUGGGAAUAGAUCGCGUUCCACUUUAUGUUGGGCAUUACAAAAUGAUAGACUAUGGACAAGCUGCUAAACGUGUACAGAACCUUAGAAGCCCUGCUGAACUGAACACUAAAAAAACAUGGAAAGAUGAUGGGAUGAAUUCUCUGGAGUACAAACUCUUGGGAAAGAAGAAGUACCACCUGUAUGUUAACAUUACUGUGGAUAUUGGGGCUCCACCAGUACUACCACCUGAGGGCGAAAGCAAAGGAAACAAAGCUUGACUCUGGCAGCAUUGGACUCUUGCAGUGCUGGAGUUUGCUGGGUACAGAAGGAUUGUGUGGUACAGAGACAUGAAGAUGCAUUUUUAAAGCGUCUAUUUACAAGUAAAAUAAUAAUAAAAGUCACCACGAAUGAACACGCGAGUAUUAAGUUUGUGUAUUUUUGGAAAAGCAUGCAGCCACUGUAAAGUGCGAUGUCUACUGAACCCUGCAUUCUUAACUCACCUGCACAGUUCUUGAAGAGCAAGUGUUAGAUCUUAUAACCAGUUACACUGUGAUGUGGAUACUUGGCAUUACUGUAUCCUCUUAACCGUAUGAAUGUAACGUAAAUUCAUGUGUUUGUUCUAUUUUAGACCUCUUGCAUUUUGCAUUAUAAAUUCUGUUCUCUUGCACCAGUGUUAACGCUUUAAGAUGGCACUUAAGUAUUAAAUGUGUUUCAAAGUGUUAAUUUUGUAAAAAAGUUUAUUUUUCAAUGAAUUUAAAUAAACUGCACUGAGUAUUAGGAUUUUGUCUCAGCUGCAAUCAUUACCUGCUUUUCUGAAGGAUCAUUUCUCUCCUUAGGGGCUUUGAUUUGUUCCAGAGGUUUCUGAUAUACAGUACACGGCAAGGGAAAACUAUAGCCAAUGAGUUAUUUGCCUCUUUCCCAUAUAAAAGAGCACAUGGCCAUUUUACAGUAAGGCAUGGGUGUUAGGAGCUAACUCCCUAGUUCACAUUCCUCCCUAAAGCAAUUCCAUCUUAAACAGAGAUAAAUGAUAGUUGAGGAGUGAGAGUGGCCAAGGUUUGCACCCCAUGUGGACGUUUGUUGUAAAAAUUAAGACACCUGCUUCUAGGUGUAUGUAGCUCUGUAGCACUCUGCUAUAUUCAUAGAAUCGUAGAAUUGUCAAGUUGGAAGGGACCAUGAGGAUCACCUAGUCCUCUUUGAGACCAUGCACAAUAUAAGCGCUUGUCAGAAUGCUGGGUUUUGCUUUACAGAAGGUGCACAGUGCUUCUGCGUCUUCCAUUAGGGCAUCCUGUACUGUGCCUCUUUUCUUUAGAGCAUCCCUGAUGUGGACCAGUCAGCUCUUGGGAAUGUGCUGCUAAACUUUCUGGUACCAACUCUCGGUUUUUCUUUCCUUUCCCCCCACAAGCCUCUAGCAGAAUUAAUAACCUUUCUAUUCAAAGCAGUCAACAGAAGCUUUUACUCCAUCGCUUCAUUAUGCCUUGAGAUCUGAUGAUUGCGCCAUAAACAGGUGGUGAUCAUCUUUACUUAUUUCAGUGCAAAUGGCAGGGGGACUUGACAUGUGAGAGAUUAAGCAUUUGCAAAUUGCUUAUGCAGUGCAUUCAGUAAUGUACUGUACAGUGAAGAUGCAUCAGUACUUCAUCUUGUGUAGAACAACCAUAUUACAAUGUUUGUUAGGUGUGAAGCAGGCAACAGGAACGUAAGGGUAGCCCUGUGUACUGGCCGGAUUCCCCCCACUGCACAAUUAUUCUGAAGGGAGCAUCUGGCUUGCAUAGAGAAGGUCCCUGGUUCAAUCCCUAGGAUCUUCAAGCAGGCCUGGAAAAGGCUGCCUGUCUGAAAUCUUGGAAGAGCCACUGCCAGCAAGUAUGGGCACUAGAGAGCUAGAUGGACAAUAGUAUGACUUCGUAUGAAACAGCUCCCUAUAUUAUUAAGGGAGCUGCUUCAAUAAGGGCAUGGUUUGCUCCACAGGGAUGCAAAUGACCUCACUUUUUCAGUGCACAUAAAAGCUCUCUUCAGCUAAUCGAUUAUGCAUUGUGCAGCAUCACUGAGGGUGAGGCCAACACAAGUUCCUAUUGGCCACUUCACCCACGAAAUACAGUACGCAUUGUGUAUAGGUGGAGGCCAUUUUGCACAGGGGUUGUGUUCCUGACCCCUGCAUGUGUCAGCGGAGCACGGGUAAGUCCGCCCCACCUCUGUCCAGCCCAUUUUCUGACCACUUCCAGGUUGCCGUGAUGCACGCAUGUGCAGACAGUCAUGGCUUGUAUCUGCCUUGCAUACUGGGGAAACGAUAACAUAUCCACUAAGAGAAGUGGCAGGUGGUAUCUACGGAGCGACUUGCAGACAGACAACUUGAAAUUGUAACAACAAAGGCUUAAUCAUAGGAGCAGACCUAAUGAAGUCUAUGCAACUUAGUCAUGACUUGAUGCAAGUCUCAGUGAUUUAUCUAUUCUAAGCAUUACAGCCCACUUUCAUUUUGAACA